AUGGACGGCGCAAAGAAUUGGUAUAACAAGCAAUACGAGACCUGGGUGCCGUGGGUCGAAGACAAAGUGCUUGGAUGGUGGGGUGACAACAAGACCAGCUAUGUUGCGAAAGACAAACUCGGCCAAACCAAAAUCACUGGCGACAAGAACGUUGAUGCGAUCCAGGAUGGCGUCAAUGAAGGUGUCGGCGGCCAACUUGGCAAGGGCGGUCUGCUGGAAGGCGUGGGUAACUUGACUUCGAAAGAGGUCUUUACUCGAUCGGAGAGGCAGGGAAAGAAUGAUAAGGGUGGGCUUAUCUGA